GUUCCACUCACACAAACACAAGCUUCCAUCGGGCUUUCUCCUCCUCAUCAACCUUCUUCUACUACUAGUUGUUCCUAGCUAGCUGGUUGAGUGAGCUUGCUUUCGGGAGCAAGAAACGCAUGGCGGUGUCCUCGGUGCUGGCGAUCCUGCUCGACGCCUCGUGUGCCCUUGCGUCGGCGACCUUCGACAAGGAGUUCGACAUCACCUGGGGUGACGGGCGAGGGAAGAUCAUGAACAAUGGCCAGCUCCUCACGCUGGGGCUGGACAAGGUCUCCGGCUCCGGAUUCCAGUCCAAGCACGAGUACCUCUACGGCAAGAUCGACAUGCAGCUCAAGCUCGUCCCCGGCAACUCCGCCGGCACCGUCACCGCAUACUACCUGUCGUCGCAGGGGCCGACGCACGACGAGAUCGACUUUGAGUUCCUGGGCAAUGUCACCGGCGAGCCGUACACUCUGCACACCAACGUGUUCACGCAGGGGCAGGGGCAGCGGGAGCAGCAGUUCCGCCUCUGGUUCGAUCCCACCAACGACUUCCACACCUACUCCAUCCUCUGGAACCCAAAGCACAUCAUCUUCAUGGUGGACGACAUGCCGAUCAGGGACUUCAGGAACCUGGAGGGAAAGGGGAUCGCCUUCCCCAAGAACCAGCCGAUGCGCCUCUACUCCAGCCUCUGGAACGCCGACGACUGGGCCACGCAAGGAGGCCGCGUCAAGACGGACUGGUCCCACGCGCCGUUCUCUGCCUCCUACCGCGGCUUCAAGGCCGACGCGUGCGUGGUGACCGCGGCCGGCCGGCCGCACUGCGGCGCCAGCGUGGGCACGGAGGUCGCCCCCGGCACGGGCGCGGCGGGCGAGUGGUACAACCAGGAGCUCGACCUGACGCGGCAGCAGCGGAUGCGGUGGGUGCAGAGCAACUACAUGAUCUACAACUACUGCACCGACCCCAAGCGCUUCGCCCAGGGCGUUCCCGCCGAGUGCUCCAUGUAGUCCAUGCCUGUCGAUCGCCGGAGAAAGACGGCCGGAGAUAGGGAAGAUGGGGUGUCUGUAUAAUCCGAUAUCAAUAAGGAUUGGUGACUGGGAGAUGUGUAAAGUAGCCGGUGGUAGAUUCUUCUUUGGCAUUUACGCCCAGUUCUUCUAAUCGUGAUCACGAUCAUUUCGUGUGUAAUCUAUUGCCUCGUCGUACAUACGUUCAUCACCUGUAUGCUGCUCUCGGCUCUAAUUUGGAACAGCGUCAUAUUUGUCCUUA